AUGACCUGCCUAUCGACCAUGACGGCGGCCGCGCCAGUGAAGCCUGUGCGACGCAUCGAUUCCAACAGCACGGUGUACUCGGAGCACAGCGACAUCACCACCGAGAGCAACUGCUCUUCCCGGCUGCCCUCGCCACGCCAGACAUGUGACCGGGAGCAGUGCAACGUGAUCGUGAAGGCCACGUUCCUCGACGUGGACGAGGGCCAGAGCCUGUUGCAGUGCUUCGCGCAGCUGCGUGGCCGGAUCAUUUCAGACUCGGCGCUGGUGAUGGCAUAUGACAUCCAGGCCUACGAGCCUGGGAAGUUUAGCGACGAGCGUGCCAAGUCUGCGGAAAGCGCUUGCGCCGAGCCGAGAAUGCCGGAAGUGCGCGAAGAGCGCGGAGCUACGCAGGCCGCUGUGAAGCCGAAAUCGCAGGCAUCGCAGGCAUCGCAGGCAUCGCAGGCAUUGCAGGCAUCGCAGGCAUCGCAGGCAUCGCAGGCGGCAGGGAAGAAGAAGAGUCAUUCAAAGCAGACCGCGGAUCGCACCACUGUGAUGCUGCGGAAUGUCCCCAACAAUUACACCAGAGAGAUGUUCUUGACCCUCCUGGACGACCACGGCUUUGCCGGGCGCUACGACUUCGUGUACCUGCCCUGUGACUUCAAGCGACAGGCGAACCUGGGCUACGCCUUCGUGAACCUCGUGGACGCUUCGGCCGUCGAUGCUGCGUGGGCCACCUUUGAUGGUUUCGAGGCCUGGGCUCUUCCGAGCCAGAAGGCCCACGUGGAGCGAUACAAGAACAGUCCGGUGAUGCACAAGAGCGUUCCGGACGAGUACAAGCCGGCGAUCUUCAAGGAUGGUGUGCGAAGGACUCACGUUGAACAUCAUUGGGCAAAAGGCUUGAAGUUCGGGCCCGAAUCCCUGGACAACACUGCGUAG